AUGCCCGGCGUCACCAUACCACCGGGCACCAAGCCCGCAGGUGCCAGCUCAUCGAGCAGCAGUAGUAACAGCGCCGGCACACAGGCCGGUCGCAUCACGCAGAUUCAGCCGCCACAGCAGCAUCAGAGAGCGCCAGCAGGAACCUCAACAACCGCAUCGCAACGGCCACCGUCGCCAACUCCGCCCACGGUGGAACCCAUAUCCCCCAUCACCAAGCCCGCAUACCUGGACGGCGCCUCCACCGGCUCCGGCACGCACUACCUGCCCAACUUCUCCGAGGGCCGGCAGUCCUUUACCUUCAGCUCGCCCACCACCCUGGUGCACCCGGACUCGGACGCGACGGCUAUCCCUGCGCCGAGGCCAAUCCCGAUAGACCUCGAGUCCAACCCGGACGUGCUCGCGCUGCGCAGCGCCGUGACCAUCCUGCAGCUGCAGAAGAGGAAGGCCGAGGCCGACGUCGUGGCCCUGCAGCGCGCAAAGGAGGCCGCCAUGGCGGACCCGGAGGGUUUUGCGCGGGACCUGGCAGAGGGUAAAGUGCAUAAGCAGGGGGAUGCGCUCUUCCCCUCGGCGCCGGCGCAAGAUGAUGAUGACGACGACGAUGAUGAUGAUGAUGAGGAGAUGCAGGACGCUACGGACGGUGUCGCCAGCAGGAAAAGCGGCGGUGCCAAGGACGCGCUGUGGAGGGAGCUGCCCCAGCCGCAGAAUGUGGUGCGCAUGCCGCCCGUGAACUGGUCCAAGUACGCCGUCGUCGGCGAGUCGCUGGACAAGCUGCACAACGAGCAGCUGUCUCGGCCGACGCCCGGGGCACCGGCCGUCAUCGGCCCCAACGGCACGUACGAGUUCAAGAGCGGCGGGGAGCAGCCCCAGGCCGAGUCGAAGAAGCUCGUCGGCAUCGCUGCGCCGUAUAACCCUUCACGGGACAAGCUUGAGAAGAAAUCCAAGGGGACAAAACGUUAG